CCAGCAGUCGCAGACGCGCCAUCGAACACGCCGCUCGCGAUCGCGCUCUCCACUCGGAUUUUCCGUUUUCCGUUUUUCAUUUUCAGUUUAUCAUUUUUCCAGCUCUUCCAGCCUUUUCGCCUUUUGCGGCCCCCCGAUCGUUUUUCCGUUUCGGUUUCCAUUUCCAUUUCGUUGGCGUUUCAUUUAACACAACCGCUUAAAUUGAAAACCCCUCGAAUCGAUCUAAAUUUAAUUGUAUUUGGUUUCGUUUUUUUUUCGAUUGUCGCGCUGCACUUGAUUUUUUUUGUUCGUGUGGUUUUUUGCGCUAAUUGCCUGAAUGGCAAAGGCAAAGUGCAAAGUGUGACAGUGCAAGAGAUAAAGCGAGAUAAAGUGAGAGAGAGCGAGAGGGAGAGAGGAAGAGAAGGAAUCCCGGGCCUAAUCUUCGCAAGCUGGAGCCGUGAAUCGCGCCCUGCGAUGUGGUGCGAGCUCUGGACUUGCCGCCGAGCAAUACCACAAACUGGAAGUGCGAUUGGAAUCGGGACUGGAACUGGAACUGGAACGGGAACGGGCACGGGAAGUUGGCGAAGAACUGGAGGGCAGGGACUGUGGGUCGAGCAGAUGUAGUCGGCAGCUAGAGCACAGCCACCGUUGCCACCGCCACCGUCAGAUGAUCGAAUGGUGGUGAUCCUCCUACUGUCGCCAUGCACUUGCAGCCGCAGCAGCAGCAGCAGCCACGCCCACGCCCACGCCCACGAUCCCGCCCACGCACCACCACCCAAGCACCACCACCAGCACCACCACCACCAUCACCAGCACCACUACAACCACAACCACAAUCCCACAACAAAUCCAGCAAAUAGUGGAGAUUCCCGGAGCAGCAAUGAAUCUUCAUCGGCAUCCACGGGCGACACAGCCAUUCCGGCUGGAUAUCUGCAGCAGCACCACCAAAAGCAAAAGGAUCCGGAGCAUUAUCCCCACCAACCUAGUCAUAGUCAUAGCACAGCACCACUGCCCGUUUUUGGCCAUGGCAGAUGGUUGCCCCUGCAGCCGCCGCCGCCGCCCAAUGCCGUGCCCAAGCCACCGCGCACCCAUGGCAAUGGGUCAAUCGGCAUCGGCAUCCAAUGGCAUCCAUCGAAUGGGGCCUAUCCUGCCCCACACAGCAGCCACCCGCCGAUCAUCUUCCGCGUCCAAUCGUCACUGCCAAACGGGAGCUUUACUAACGCCACCACCACCACAACCACCACCACUGACUACGUGCGUCACGUGACCCGCGUUAACUUCUACGACAUUGAUACUUCGCAGGUCGAAUUCGAGCCCAAAGAUGACGAGGAGAGCAACGAGGCCACGGCAAGCAAUUGCGAUACAGAAGCUAUUACCAAAGAAGAGGAGUGGAUUACGAAGCGCAAGACAGAACUCACAACUACCAGACAGAUCGAAACGAGGGUGAAGCGAAAUGUGAAGCUGCAGGAUGGCAAGGUGAUCGAGGAUUCGGGUCCCAUUGUGUCCACCAAUACGACCGAGGAUACCGAUAAGCAGGAAACGGAAACCACUGAGAAACGCGACCUUGACCUCCCGGACGACCUUGAUGGCGAUGCCCAGCUGAUCGACGUGGCCGCCCUGCAGGCGGGCGCCGCAAAUGAGACGCAGUUGGCCCAAAUCCAAGAGGUCUUUGGACUGGCGGACGGAGCAGGCAAACUGGUCAAGCGAAUGGUUCCACGUCCGGUGGAUGGGCUGGUGCGUCAGACGGACGACAAGCGGGUCAUCUCGCACGAGGAGAUCAAGGACUACCUCGAAACGGAGGACGUUAAGCACCACGGCGACUUCACAGAUCAGACCUACGUGAAAGCAGUUCGCGACGGAGUCGAGGACCUUGAGGCCGUCCUCUGUUCGCCGGAGAGCCAGCGACAGUUGGUGCCGCUCGGGCCGCAGGUGGUGGCCAACCGGAGCAAGUCCCGCAAGACGAUCGACUCGGAGGACACGCAGAAGCGCUGUCUAGCCCAGGAGGACGGCACCCUGGUCACCGAGAGUCGACGGACCACCGAGCACGAGCUUAUCAUCGACGACGAGCUGCCCGAUCCGCCGGCCGCCCACUCAUCCGCUACCGAUGACCGCGGACUGCAGCUCCAGGUGGGCGAGCAGGUGACCACCACGGCGGCCAAUCAGCGGUUCUUCCGCCAGCGGGACGAGCAGCAUGUGGACGUGCUAGCCAACGGCCGGCUCCAUUCCACCGAGAUGCGCUACGCCGCCGAGACCACGCAGAUGGACAAGGACGGGCCCGCCGAUCUGGAGCGCCCGGGCGACUGGGACAGCCUCUCCGACCGGAUGCGCAAGCUCCGUCGCUCCCAGCAGCAGCAGCAGAAGGAGGUGGCCCUGCUGGCGGAUCGCAAGGAUGCGCUAACCAAGCGACCCCUGGACUUCGAUCGCGAGGAGGAGACGCGCAAGGGCGAGACGAUGAAGUGGCUGGAGUCGCACUUCGGCAGCGAGUCCACCGCCUCCAAUGAUUCCCGCGACGACGAGGCGGACGCAGAGGUGGAGCCCACCAAGAAGAGCUACUUCAAUGUGACGAUCAAGUCGCAGAGCCAGCCGCAGGGGCAGGCACAGGCGCACAUCCAUGCCCAGUCCCACCUGGCCACCCAGCAGCAUCCGCAUCCGCAGCACAUCUCCCAUGCCCAUCAUCCCCAAACGCUGCCCAGGAGCGCCGAGCGGGAGAGGGAGCGGGAAAGGGAGCGGGAAAGGGACCGCCAUCCCUUGGCCAUGACCACGUCCGCCACGCUGGAGCGGAAGCCACCGACAAAUUCGGCAGGCGGCGGCGGUCGCUCCAAGUACUUCCAGGGCAUCUCAAACUGGUCGGAACGCAAGGAUCCCGGUCCGCCGGUCAAUCACUUCUCCUCGCAGGCCUUCCGCGACGAUCUGCAGGAGACCAUCCGGCGCAAUGGCCUCAAGAAGAAGGUCAGCGGUCCCGGCUCCAGCCAGGGAUCCGCUCUGGCCCAGGAGUCGACCAUGCCGUCGCCGCUCAAGGACAGCUAUGUCAGCCGCGAGGAUAUCUUGCAGCAGAAGCGCCAGAGCCUGUCCUCACAGUUCCUGGCCCGAUCGAUGCGCGGCUCUCGCGAUGCUUUGGACGAUCUGGAGGCCAUACCGGGACCAGGACCAGGACCAGGUUCAUCCAUGAUAUCACCCCGUGCCGAAGAGCCAUCGCACAAGCGGAUAGCCUACGGUCAUCGCGGCAGCAACUCCGGCAUCCAUACCAAUGGCCAUGUGGUGAACGGAGUGACCCCCGUUCUGGUGAAUGGUCGGGGCAAGAGUUACGAACCAGUUGCCCCGCCGCCUGCUGCAGUGCCUCCGUUGGAGUUCGGCGGAAACGGCGGCGGCGGCGGCAGCCAGCUGAGCCUCAAUCCGCGACCCACCGUCCCGCAGCGACGACGUGCCAUCGAAAAGAAGCUGGGCGAGCACAGCCACAGCCACCAUAGCCACUCAUCCCACACUUCGCACACCGGCCAUCUGGGGGUCAAGUCGCAGGCUCCGCUGCCAUCGCAGGUCAGCCAACUGGAGCCUCCGCCGGACUACUCGCCGCCGCCCAGGAGUCGCAGUCGGUCGUCCUCGCCGCAGGUGGACUAUCUGAUGACCAGAGAGGUUCCCGCCAGCACGAUGACCCUCAGUCGGAAGCAGCAGCAGCGCACCCGAUUCGCACCCACAUCCAGCUACCCGCCGGCAACUGGAGGAGCUGGUAGCCUCCGUCCACCGGGCGCCACCUCGGCCUCCACCUCAAACCUCUCGGCCAUGAGCGGUGGUGGUGGUGGUGGCGGCCACGGAGGCAGUACCUCCAAGUCCAGCCGCAUGGGCCAGGUGAUUGGCAACUCGCUGCGGAAGCUGGUCAGCAAAAUCCGCUCGGCCAGUGCUGAGCGCAAGUUCCGCAUGAAAUCGGCGGCCAGCAAGUCGCGCGAACAGUCGCCUAGUCCAGGACAUGAUCCCCGAGGAGCGGGUGGUCCGCCGGUGACCACUUACCAGCAGUACAAUGUGAUCGAUGGGCACAUCGGUAGCCACGAUUCCGAGGACUCCAAUAGCGAUAAUCAGCGGCGCAGGGAGAGGGAGCGCGAAAGGGAGCGCGAAAGGGAGCGGGAAAGGGAACGGGAUAGGGAGCGGGAUAGGGAGCGGGAACGGGAGCGUGAUCCUCCCAAGCAGGAGACCUCAUCAUCGCGGCUGAACUUUAAGCGCGCCGAGUCCGCGGAUCCCCAGCUUCAGCACCUGGAGCAGGCCAUUAGUCCCAGGCAGCGGUACUACCUGGGCGAAGAUCCCUACUCCAGCACGCUCUACGGCAAGGAGAAUCUCUACGAGCGACGUCCACGUCAGCGCAACAUGGAGCGUCCGGAUGAGCGAAUGGAGCGCCUGGAGCGGGAGGAUGACUACUACGAGUCCCGGGCUCCGCCGCCGGUGACGGCCGCCCACACUUUGGGUCGCUACCAGAAGCAUGGCCAGCGCUUCAGCGGCUCCACGCCCAAUCUGCACCAGCAGCAGCAGGAUUACCGCUCGGCCCAGACGCUGCCCCGCAAGUUGCACGAGCAGCGCACCCAGAGAUUUGGGAACGCCAUGGAGAAGCAGCCGCCACCGGGCAGGGGCAACUACCCACCUGCCCCCGGGCAGCAACACCAGCAGCAGCAGCAGCAGCAGCCGCGGGGGAUUCCCCAGAACCACAAUCAAAGCCUGAAUGCCAACCCAAGUGGUAACCCAAACCCAAACCCAAAUCCGAAUGCCAUGCUACCGCAGGGACCGGCGAAACCGGCUCGCACCUACGCCAAGGUCUUGAAUCGCAGCAAGAGCUUCAAUGUGCACGGCAUGAACGGCAGCAACGAUCCUAGUCCCAUCUACAUCGAGAAACUCACCCGGAACAACUACCAGCCGCGCCAGGAGCCCAGCUUUGGCUACGGACUGGGCCAGGGCCCCAAUGCCAACUACAAGUCCAAUCCGCAUCUCUUCUCCGGCAAGGACAACUCACUGAAGGGCGGCCUCAAGAGUCCGUCGAUUGUGAAUCUCAUCAGUCGCAGCCAAAAGGAUCUAACCAAGAUCGCUGGCUGCGACGAGGACGAUGCCGGCGGCGGCUAUCCGGAGCAGGACAAGAAGCAACUGUAUCUGCGCGGCCUGCACCAACAGGCUCCGGAUCUGUACCGGGUGAUCCACGGCGACGAGGAGUACGGCGGAUCGAGGAAGUAUCCGCUGCAGGCCAAGUACUCGCUGGACUCGCGUUCGCCGCCCUCCGUGGAGCUCAACAAGGACACGGCGAGCAUUGUGCGGCGCGGCAGCGAGGUGGAGCAUCUGCAUCAUCAGCAGCAGCAGCAGCAGCAGCAUCACCACCACCACCAUAUCCAGAGCCACCAGCAGCAGAAUCUGCGACGUGGCUCGGGAGCCACCAUCAUUGAGCUGCGCACCGCCGCCGGCGGCCAUCGCAAGUGAUUCGCCAUCCUCCCGAGACCAUAAGAUCCUACUAUCCUAUAAAGUCGAACUUUCCUCAAGAUCAAUCAAAACUUAAAUUUACUACAAGAAAAAUCCUAACUUCUUAUAAAGUAAUAUCCACUCUUUUGAAGAGAGUUCAAAUAUAGAGUUUCUGGAAUAAAUCAAACUUUGGAAAUCUUAUUAUACAGCGAGUUUCUAGAAAUCAAAAUACUUAACUAAAUAUAAGACUUUAAAAACUUUUCCAAGAGCUGUUAUAAAAGAAAACACUGUAUUUUUCUGUAAUACCUUAAUAUAUAUAUAGAACUCGCAUUGGGGAAGUUCGACUAUUCAUCCCCAAGCUCACCUAAGCUCACCUUAUCCCUAACUAUUUGCUAACAAAUGCUCGGCCGUGGGCUUUAGUUUCAUUUGACAAGCAGCAAAUAAAAAUAAAAGGCCAAUCAACCAAUUGAAUGUUAUAAUAUGGUUAAUACAAAGCUACAAUGUUGAUGGUAAAUGAAAAACGAAAUACAAAAUUAAUGUUAUAUAGAAAGCGAAAGAUAAGAAAACAAAAAAUCUAUAUGUAACGUGGAAGCCAUUCCCACUGUCCUGCCACGCCUCUUCCAAUCGUAAUUUGAUAAUACUAUAAUGCCUACAUACGUCUAAUUACAUGAUCUAUUUUAUCAUUUUUGUUUUUUUUUUUACUACUAAUAUUAACGUUUGUUGUAUAGAUACCGUUAAAUGGAUAAAAUCUAACUAAAAUAACUAAUAUUAAUUCGAUAUUAUUGUACAAUUUUGAUUAAUAAACAAAUUGCAAUUAAAAUAAAGUGCCAAAAUAAACAA